CCCUCAGUAGAGUUGGAAGUAACCUCUGACAUACGGAGGCGGGGCUGCGCAUGCGCAACAAGUUCGGCGGGGAAGAUGGCGGAUGACAAGGAUUCUCUGCCGAAGCUUAAAGACCUGACAUUUCUCAAAAACCAGCUGGAGCGCCUCCAGCAGCGUGUGGAGGAUGAAGUCAACAGUGGCGUGAGCCAGGAUGGCUCGCUCUUGUCCUCCCCGUUCCUCAAGGGAUUCCUGGCAGGCUAUGUGGUGGCCAAACUGAGGGCAUCCGCAGUAUUGGGCUUCGCAGUGGGCACUUGCACUGGCAUCUAUGUAGCUCAGUCAUAUGCUGUACCCAACGUGGAGAAGACCCUGAAGAACUACUUUAGGUCACUACGAAAGGGGCCCGACUAGACCCUUUGGGGAAGGCAGGAUGGGCGUGUUGGGCCUGCAGGUAGAGGCCUUUCUAUCACAGGCACUCUGUCUGGCUUCCCCUGCCAUUGUUCAUUUGCUGUCUCCAGCUGACCUGUCUCUUUCAUCCUUGUUUGUCCUCCUGCGGAGAGUGGACAGUGCUCGGUCAGCCUGCACCCUGCACUCCUUCCCCUCUUAGUUCCAUGGGACUAACCCCAAAACUAUGGGUCAUGAGCCCCGC